UUCUCAUAGCUGAGGCUACAAACUUUGCCCUGGCCAAGGAGCUGAAAAAAUACAUCCCUGUUGUCCUGCUGUGACACACCAUCAGCAUGGCAGGAUCCCACAGCCCUGCAUCAGAUCCCGUGGCAGAACUGAACGACCUCGAAUGCCAGCAGUUGCGAUCCCAGCUGGCAGAGAGCCAACAGGACUACUGGGAGCUCAAGGAGAAGUUUCUCAUAGCUGAGGCUACAAACUUUGCCCUGGCCAAGGAGCUGAAAAAAUACAAUUGUGAGAAGUUUAAAAACAUCAUUGAGUCCAUACUGACCAAGAAGCUCCACUUUGAGGAGCCGCUGGCAGAGAAGCCCACGGUCCCAGAGCUGCUCAGGCAUUGCCAUGGCAUCCUUGAAGAUCAGGACCAAGAACUUUCCCAGUUGCGUCCCAAGGUCCAAAGGGGGAGAAAUCUAGCCCACAUCCUGCAGCAGUUCCUGAAGGACGUGCGCACCCUGCAUGACCCUGAGACCUGCAAGGGGCAGGGCUUCCGACGACUACUCACCGAAGCUGUCCGGCUGUCAGCGUGCCUUGAGGACCUGCUUGGAGCAGAAAAUAUUGAAGAGGAUGAAGCACCAGCACAAGGACUUGUUGCUGACAGGGAGCUCUUGGAAGUGGAUGAAAUGGAAACCGCACAAAGUUCACAGCAGGAAACAUCUACCACUGGUGCUGUUGACCACCUGCCGAGUGACUCCUGCCUGACUGGCCUGACUGAGAGCACUGAGCAAUGGACUGGUGAUGCUGAGGACACCCACAGUGUGCUAGGUGUAGAUGGGGAACACGCCUGUUUGCACCAGAAAGAAGAACCUGUCACCGUUCUCCCAGAAAAUCAAUAUGACGAAGUGGAGGUACAAAUGCAAGACGUCACAUACACCUCCAGCAGGGAGCUCCCAGAGCAGCAAGAGCGGGAAGACCCAGACGACGCGCUGGACGAGUGCUACCUCACUCCCUCGAUUUUUCCGGUCGUUUCUGAGCCUGACCAUUCCACGUGGAGCAGCUGGUGCUCCCUGGAGCAUCAGGACGUGCUCUCUGUUCCAGAUGCAGAUGAAAAGGAAAAUGACAAUGAUGACGUGGAAGUGGAAACACAAGCCCUGUCACACUCCAGUCUCAUCAGGGAGAUUCCAGAGAUUGAAGAUCAAGAUGUCUCACAAGACUCUCACGGGUCCCAGUGA